AUGCCACGGCCACCCUCGGACGACGGCUACGAUUCCGACUCUGGCUCCGAAUUUGACGCCUCCGAUGUCCAGCUCGGCCUUGCAGACGGCCCGCUCGAAGCUGACGACGAGGUCAACCCGCUCGUCUCGCGCAUCGGUGGUCGUGCCGCAUGGCUUCCCAUGAAGGCAAGCCCCACCGACAAGGUCGCAGAAUGCAACUCGUGCAAGCAGCAGAUGCAGCUCCUCGUGCAGAUCUUUGCGCCCCUUGUCGAAUCCCCCUACGACCGAUGCCUCUUGGUUUGGGGCUGCGCUAGACCAGCCUGUCAGCGAAACGACGUCUCUUCACUGCGCGUAAUCCGUACGCUCAAAUUUAACCGUCGAUGGGCUGCCAAGCUCGAAAAACAGAAAGAAAAGCGCCUUGCUCGUGAACAGGCCAAGAAGGAGCGAGAGGCAGCAGCCGCCAAGGCAAAGCAGGAGCAGGAAGAGCGCGCCAAGGUCAACCCGUUCUCGGCUCCUGCUGGCGGUGCCAAUGCUGGCUUGGGAGGCAUGCUCUUCGGUGGCAGUUCCGAUAAUCCAUUUGCCGCCCCUGCUGCUGCUCCUUCCGUCGCUCAACCGACCACGGAAGGCGACAGCGAGCGACAAGCUUCCGAUGACGACGACUACGACGAUGACUCUGAAUCGGAACAAGAAUCCGAAAGCGAGAGGCUGGCCGAAGAGCUUGCCCUCAAAUCUGACCUCGCUGCCUCCACACCCACCGCUGAGUCGGCAUGGGUCGAAUCCAGCACCCGAUACCCACCGCUGUACCUAAACACCGUCCCCGAACCGUCCUCCUCUUCCCUCUCCAAGAAGCUCUCCAAGCAGGAAGCAGCCAUGCUCAAGUCGGCCUCUGCAUCCGGUGCGCUCAACUCCACCGACGCCUCUGACGAUGCCGAUCUGAAAGGCUUCGCCAAGGAAGGCUACGAAAAGAUGCUCCUCGACGGAAUCGACGACACUUUCGAACGCUUCCUCAAACGCGUUUCUGUGGAACCUCGUCAGGCUGUUCGAUACGAAUUCGGUGGUCAACCCAUCGCAUUUCACGCAAAGGGAAAGAUCUACGAUCUGCUCUGGCCCAAGGAGCGUUCAGCAAAACCUGGUCAAGGUGUGACCGUCACCAAGAGUCAAUUCAGCGCCGGAGCUGGUGCUUCCGGUGAGCGCAGUUUCAGCUCACGUGCUGUCCCCCCUUGCGAACAGUGUGGAGGUGAAAGGGUGUUCGAAGCGCAACUCAUGCCCAACCUGAUCAACCUUCUCCGUGCCGAGCAGAUCCAAUCUGCCGACGGAUCGCUCGCACCUGAUACGCUUCACACCUCCUCCGCCUCGGAUGGUGACGAGGAGACCAAACGAAAAGCAGCCAUCGAACAGGCGCUCGGUCGAAGACUACCUUCUGAAGGAGGUUCGAAGCAGAAGAAUGGUUCUGAAGAGGUCAAGUUUGAUGCGAGGACGGGGUUGGUUUGGAGUACGGCGUUUGUGUUCGUUUGCAAGAACGAUUGCUGUCGGGAUGACGACGAGUGCUGGCAGGAAGAGGUGGUUUUGGCACAGUUCGAGGAUGAACAGUGA